GGAGUGCCGCGUCUCCAAUAAGUGGUCUGUGCUUUAUUCAGUUACGCUCUGUGGUUACGUACGUUUUGCAAAUGUUUGCAAACUUGUAGUGUAUACCAGCGUGUACAGUGUAACACGUACAAUCCGUUUCUUUUUACUUAGGCACGUCUUGUAAUUUGCUAUAACAACUCAUUUAGUGUGAAAUUCAUAAUUACUAAACUCAUAAUGGCAGAUGUAUUGGAUAUUGAUAAUGCUGAAGAAUUCGAAGUCGACGAUGAGGGUGACCAGGGAAUUCUACGUCUGAAAGAAAAAGCUAAAAAGAGGAAAGGUCGCGGACAUGGAGCAGAAUUAGUAUCUACUCGUGAUGAUGUUGGCCAUUACGAGUCCAUGAACGUCGUCGAGGAUGACGAUGAUGAACCAGGUCCACAAAGAUCUGUUGAAGGAUGGAUUCUAUUUAUCAAUUCUGUCCAUGAAGAGGCACAAGAAGAUGAUAUCCAGGAUAAAUUUUCAGAAUUUGGACAGAUUAAAAAUCUCCAUCUGAAUCUGGACAGGCGAACAGGAUUCUUGAAAGGAUAUGCUUUGGUUGAGUAUGAAACUUUCAAGGAGGCACAAGCUGCUAAAGAAGCUCUGAAUGGUACAGAUAUUCUAGGUCAAGCUAUUUCCGUUGACUGGUGCUUUGUCAAAGGACCUAAGAAACUUAAGAAGAGAAGUCACAGGAGACGAUGAAAGAACACUUAAUUUCUAUAUAUUUUCCUUUUUUUUUAUAAUUGCUUGACCGUAUUCAAAUGAAAAAAAUAAAACCAAGUUUAAUUUGUACUUUAGAACAACUGAUUCAAAUAAAUCAAGAGCUAAAGCAAA